AUGGAACUACAAGGCCCUCAAGAGGCGUUGAAAGUAGAAAUCCCAUGUCAUCAGGACGGAGAGCUUAAGAAACAGCUACACGAAAGGCAAAGCAGAAUAACAGCCCUAAGCGAAAAACAAAAGCUGGCUGUGAGAAGUUGUCCUGUGGGGACAGCCAAGCCCCUCUCCCUCAUCAAGCAGCCAAGCCAGAGCAUAGCCAUCUCAGUGGUGCCGGCAAAGGCUCCCGUUUCCAUGGUGACCGCACACAUUAAUGGACAAAAGGCAGCGAGCACCGAGUCGCUGCAGACGUCCCCCAUCAACCUCCAAACUGCGAACAGAGUGGCAGGGAGCAGCAUCCACUCCCUCAGCCGGAGGACAGGGGAGCUGGCCCACUCACAGAUGUUGGGAACUCUUACAGCACUGCCCAUAAAGGUACCUCAGGUCAGCUCCCUCAAUCGGCUGGCAGGGCAGUCCCCCACUGUGCUACCUCAGGUCAGGCCAAAGACCCUGAUUCCGGACAGCCUUCCCCACAGCCCGUGUCAGGAGCAGCAGUCCAGUCAGGCCCUGAGUUUGCCCAGAGGCACGGCCGUGGUCAGCCCCAAGAGCCAAGGCCCUGCGCUGCCCACCGCCAACAGUACCUUCAGCCCAGAGCGGCUGCCCAACGGACAGGGAGAGAGUCCCCCGCCGCCACAGCCCUCCGGCAUCUCCACCGCGACCGCCAGUCCUGGAGUGGCAUACGCCAUCAUCUCCGCCGCCUCGCCCGCCGGCAACGGGGUAGCGGCCAUGAGCGACGCCGUCAAAGUCCAGCCGCUGCUCUUCAGUCCUGACAGCAAGGUGAUCAUUAUCCAGCCCCAGGUCCCCAGCAGUUCCCAGGGCUCCCCUGGCCACCAGUUUGAGACCCCUUUAAAGGACUCCACCACUGCCCCUUCCUCUCCAGCCAAGAAGAGGGAGGAAGACCCAGAGAAAAUUGCCUUUAUGGUCGCCCUUGGUCUGGUCACAACAGAACACUUGGAGGAAAUCCAGACCAAGAGACAGGAGAGGAAGCGAAGAAGCACAGCUAACCCAGCCUACAGUGGACUGUUCGAACCCGAGCGCAAACGACUCGCAUCAAAUUAUCUGAACAACCCGCUUUUCCUAUCGGCAAGAGACACUGAGGAUCUAUGCUGGAAGGAGGAGCUGGAGCAUGAUGAACACUGUGCCGUGUGUAAAGAGGAAGGAGAACUCCAGCCAUGCCACACGUGUACCCGCGCCUAUCAUAUCGACUGCCUGAACCCUCCACUAAAGUCACCAUCCAAGGGCAUGUGGAUGUGCCCCAAGUGCCAGAAGAAGGUCUUGAACAAAGAAAACAUGUCUUGGCCUCACAACUUUGUUCAGUCAUAUGUCACACACAAAACAGUGAGAGAGGAGGAGAAGAGGAAGCUGUUGAGGAGGAACAGUGAGCUGAAGAAAGAGUGUGCCCAUUUAAAGGAGCAGGACCUGAGGCUAAGCAAAUCCCUCACGAAAUGCAUGGAUCUGAAGGAGAAGCUGCUCUGUCAGCAAAGAGAGACCCAGGCCUCUCUGGAACGUCUCAGAGCCUUGAUCCGCCUGAUCCAGCGCGACCAGAUGAUCCAGGUCACCAUGACGGCCACCACCACCACAGGAGCUUCACUCUUGUCUCUGCCCUGGAUCAAGCCCUCCUGCAGCACCAGCAGCCCCCCUGCCAUCACGGCGCCCUCCGCAGGCCCCUCUGCACUACUGCACAAGAGUCUGCCCCAGCCGCAGGGCAACAACUGA